AUGGAUAAGCAAUCCACUGGAAUGAGUAAAGUGGGUUCUCGGUCAACAGCCUCUCUCCCCCCGGACCCAGUGGAUAUUAUUCGAAGAAUGUCGUGCUGCCGCCGAGUCCGGCUGAACGUUGGAGGUCUCCCACAUGAAGUCCUGUGGAGAACUUUGGACCGAUUGCCUCGCACGCGGCUGGGGAAGUUACGAGAUUGCAAAACUCACGAGGCGCUCAUGGACAUAUGCGAUGACUACAACCUGGAAGAUAACGAGUAUUUUUUUGACAGACACCCUGGAGCAUUUACAUCUAUUCUGAAUUUCUAUCGCACUGGGAAGUUGCACAUGAUGGAGGAGAUGUGUGCCCUGUCCUUCAGCCAGGAGCUGGACUACUGGGGAGUGGAUGAGAUUUACCUCGAGUCAUGCUGCCAGGCGCGCUACCACCAGAAGAAAGAGCAAAUGAAUGAGGAGCUCAAACGAGAGGCUGACACCUUAAAGGACCGGGAGGGCGAGGAGUUUGAUAACACAUGUUGUUCUGAGAAACGCAAGAAACUUUGGGAUCUACUGGAAAAGCCUGGUUCAUCUGUAGCAGCCAAGAUAUUGGCCAUCAUCUCCAUACUGUUCAUUGUACUGUCUACUAUCGCCCUGUCUCUCAACACCCUCCCAGAACUGCAAGACAUCGAUGAGUUUGGUCAGAGCACGGACAACCCUCAGUUGGCCCAUGUCGAGGCUGUAUGCAUUGCCUGGUUUACCAUGGAAUACCUCCUUCGCUUCCUCUCUGCACCAAAUAAAUGGAAGUUCUUCAAAGGCCCACUUAAUGUUAUUGACCUGUUAGCCAUUCUUCCAUACUAUGUCACCAUCUUCCUGACUGAGUCCAACAAGAGUGUGCUGCAGUUCCAGAAUGUGCGGCGAGUGGUGCAGAUCUUUCGAAUUAUGCGAAUUCUGAGAAUCCUUAAAUUAGCUCGUCACUCAACUGGGCUACAGUCUUUGGGCUUCACAUUACGUCGCAGUUACAAUGAACUGGGCCUGCUAAUCCUCUUCUUAGCCAUGGGUAUCAUGAUCUUCUCUAGCUUGGUCUUCUUUGCUGAGAAAGAUGAAGAUGAUACAAAAUUUAAGAGCAUCCCUGCCUCCUUUUGGUGGGCUACUAUUACCAUGACCACUGUGGGAUAUGGGGACAUUUAUCCAAAGACUUUAUUAGGCAAGAUUGUUGGUGGACUCUGCUGCAUUGCAGGAGUGCUGGUCAUUGCCCUCCCUAUUCCCAUUAUUGUAAACAACUUCUCUGAGUUCUAUAAAGAACAGAAGAGACAGGAGAAAGCCAUCAAGAGACGCGAGGCUCUAGAACGUGCCAAGCGCAAUGGCAGCAUAGUGUCAAUGAAUAUUAGGGAUGCAUUUUCCCGUGGUGCAGAGCUUCUUGAUGUGGUGGUGAUGGAGAAAGGUGAGAAGCCUCAGGACAACCAUCUCUCACCCAGUCGCUGGAAGUGGUCAUCCAAGCGAGCUCCAUCUGACACCAGUUCCAAUCGCUCCUUCAAUCCUGAGCAGGGUUCACCAAGCAAGACCAGGGCCUCCAGUCCUCAGAGGCUCAAUGCACAGAAGCUGGAGGAAAUGUACAACCAGAUGUCCAAGACCCAGUCACAGCCAAACCUCAACACCAAAGACAGGAGUUCAUCCUGUGCAGGUGGCAGAAGGGAUGAGAUUGAGCUGGGAACGUUGCCUGGUCAAAGGACCAAUGAUCUGAGAGGUCGCGAAGUAGUGGUGGACAUGAAGAGCCUGUCUAGCAUUGACAGUUACAUAAGCUGUGCUACAGACUUCCAAGAGAACCCACGAUUCUCCUACAGUCCAGCAGGGGGGUUGUCCUUUCCAGAGGGCUCUCGUUUUUCACACAGUCCUAGCUUGGGUUUUUCAGCACGGGUCAGUGCCAACCCGAGCCUUCAGACCACCAUGGAGCAUGAGCCCAUGCUUACUCCACCAUGCUCUGCUGCAAAACCUCUUGACAUCGAAGGUCCAUACCAACCAGGUGUAAACCUUCUGAAAACACACUCCCUUAGGGUGAAUUAUCGUGGUUGUGGGGAGAGCAGUCCUGCUAGUGCCCUUCUCUCAGACAGUUCAGCUCCCUCAGAUCACUCCCUUCUCAGUCCUGAAGUAUCUAUCUAUACUACAGCCAGCAGUAGGACUCCACCCAAGACACCUGAGGGAGUUGCACUCACACCCACUGUAUUCACAUUCCAUGACGCCUCUAUCAGCAGGUAUAUUGAUGCUGACACAGAUGAUGAAGAGCAUCUACGUGAAAGCUGUCCAACAGACCACCUACUUGGUGGCCGGGACACAAAGCCUCACCUCAACAGUGGCUACCAGGGGGGCACUAACCACCUGGAGGCUGCACAGAGACAGAGACUGUUGGGUCAGAACUGCCUGUUCCCUUUGGGAAGCACUCCUAGCGGAAGCCAUGAGAACCAUUUGGUGCUGGAUGCCUCACGCAGAUGUAAAGGGGAACGAGGCCGUUCCAAAACCUUUGACGAAAGUCUCUGAGGCUUUGAAUCAA